UACUGCAUGUGCGAGAAAAGAUGAAGAAAAGAAUGCUUCAUUCUGUGGUACCAAUUUCGGCAUCUUGAUGACGCAAUGGGAAAAAUACAUGCGGCACUAUAAGGCCUUGCCUGGAAUUUUCCCACUUCUGUUGUGGCGGCGAAAGACAAUAAAAAGAGAAGUUUUGUCAAAUGAUUUUUAUUAUAGUAAAAGUUAAGUUAAGUAUAGUAAGCAUUAGACGAUAAAACUAAAGUUCGUCUAGGACUUAUAGAUUAUACCGGUGGUGAUGAUAAUUUCGCAGAUUUUUUAUAUGAUGGUGAUUAUUUGAGACUGUUCUUAAAACAUGAGAAAAUCAACGGUUAUCUAUUAUUGUUUGAUGUUACAAACAAAGAUUCGUUUAAAAAUCUUCAACUAUGGUUGCAAAUGGCUUGUAUUGAGGACAAUGUUGUUAAAAUAUUAAUUGGUAAUAAAUGUGAUUUAAUUGAUGAACAACAACGACAAGUUGAACACGAAGAAGCUAAACAGUAUGCUGAAGUAUUAAAUAUUCCAUAUUUUGAAACAAGUACACUAAUGGGAGAGAAUAUGGAACAAAUGUUUAUAACAGCGGCUAAACAGUUGAUUAAAAAUGAAAAGAAGAGAAGACUGUUGUGA